CCUGUUGUGCUUUAGUCAUGCUUUUGCUUAUUUUAAUCAUGGAACUCAGUAAAAGAUUGGCUACAUUUCCUCCUUGUGAGCUGCACGCUUUAUCCCGGAGAUUAAAUAAAGAAUAAGUUAUUGUUUGAGUGCUAACACCUGAUAUAAAAUGUUGUAUCCCAUCGGUGACUAAGGUGACCUCGUUCUGUUACAGAGAGAGAGAUGUCGGGAUUCGUGUGUGUCCUGAUGCUCGCUGGCGUCGCCUCCGCUCAAAUCACCCUGGACGGCAUCAGAUGCGGUCAGCUGAUAUGUCAGCUAGACGAAUACUGCUCCCCGGAGACCAACCGAUGCGCUCCGUGCAAUGUUGUCUGCAAUAAAACACACCAUAACUACGAUAGCGGCCUUUGCGUUAAGGAAUGCCAAGGUUAUCUAUUGGAUUUGAGGUACAUGCGACGUUCGGAGACGGCCCCGCCACCCAACGAUUUGGGAAGCAUACACCGUGAAGCUCAAACUGCUCUGAUCGUCAGCGGUGUGGCUCUGGCAGUACUGGUCCUAGUUCUCAUCAUAGUAUGCAGAGGAAGAGUCUCUUGGAGAUAUUUAAAGCAAAAGUUCCAGCCAGCCAAGAACCGCGUGAAGCAGUACCCUAAUGACUUGACGCAUCACAACCCUCAUGCCGAAGCGCCGAAACCGAAACCCGAACUCAAGCUCGAAAUACGAAACCCGGAUCCCCUAAGACGAACGAACCAACCUCUCAACGUGAAGGACUUAGAGACCAGAACCUCACAGUCGGAUAAAAGUCAAGGCGCAACCACGCCAAAGACGAUAAGCACCGCUCUCAGUAACAGGCAUCCGGCUGAAGAUACGACCUUAGAUUUCUCUUAUGAUAAUAUGGGGAUGAACGUGACUCCCCCCGGACAACCGGCUGCCAGUCACAAAUUCUAAAGUUCGGCGGCGAAACUGUCUCUUUCAUCGAACCGAAAACGUAACCAUAGCAAUUAGUUUGGUAAAUCGAAUCGAAAAGAUCGAAUGGUAAAUUGAGGCCUAUAAAAUCAAAGGCGGCUAAAUCCAAGUCUGUCAAAUAUUCAGGUAAACUACAAAAAUCGGCCCUAAGCACGUCAUUACGGAUUGUCC